AUGAUCUCAAGUGAAAUUCAAGCAUAUUUGGAUCAGAUUGCGCUGAUUGAUGAACAGUUAUUAGCAACUGCAGGAGAUGAAGAACGAGCACCUCUACUUGAAAUGCGAUCUGACUUGCUGGAACUUGUGCAGCUUCUUGAAGAGCAGGCCGAGGAGAACAGUGUGCAAGAAGAUGCCCAACAAACGGCAGGCUCAGCGCUUGUGGAAUCCUCCUCGGUUGUAAAUGAUUUUGCUACAGAUGAUUUCAUCGGAAUGCGUUGUAUGGCGCCCUAUCCUAAGACAAACCUUCCUGUUUCUCACCAUGCUGCCAUUAUAUUGGAAGUUUUGCCGUUAGAUCUCACAGGAAUAAACAAAAGCUUGCAGGCCAAAGUUUUGUAUAGCCAUCCUAUGCUGCAUGCUAUGCGACCCUGUUCUCAUUUUCUUUCUGGCACCUGCCGUUUCGAUGAAAAAUGCAAGUUCAGUCAUGGAGAGGUAGUGGAGAUGGCAGACUUAAACGAGUACAAGGAUCCCGAUUUCGAUUCACUGGUUGUCGGAAGCCUUGUUCUGGUGUCGGUUAACACCACUCCUCCACUGUGGGAAGUAGGUCGUCUCGUGUCUGUUGACAACGACGAAGUUGCCGUGAAGAUCCUCAAAAGCAAUAGCGAAGUGUCCUCCAAGUUGGAUCAGAUAGUUCCUCUCGACGGCGAAGUUGAAGAAAUGGUUGAUGAUCCAUAUACACCAAAUUUCGACGGAGUCACAGCUUCAAGUCCCAGUAUUGGCAACGACUCUUGGAAGGAGCAAAAAGAGGACAGGUGCGGGAACGUAGCAGUGGGGGACCUAGGUAAUUGGCAUGGUGGUGGAUUCGGCUUAAAACUUAUGCAGAAAAUGGGCUACAAGUUAGGCGAGGGACUCGGUAAAAAUAGCGACGGCAUCGUCCACGCAAUUCAGGCAAAGAUUUGUCCUAAAAAUAGCUCUGUUGAUGCUUGCAUGAAUGCGAAAGUGAAGGUUGUGGACGGCAUCCAAAAAGUGAAAACGCGAGUCCGCGAAGGAAUGAAGCAUACACAUAAUUCGAUAGAUCUUGACAUUUUCACUUUUCUUAACAAAAAACUUGAACAGCCACCUACUAAGUCGGAACAGGAGGAAUUAAAGGAAGAACGUCGCAUGCUCGCUAAAAGUAGCUCAAGGUCGCUCGGUGUGCAAGGUCUUGAUCUUGAGUCGGAGCUCAAACAGUUGCGAAGCAAAGAGAAGAAGUUACUAGAAGGAAUCGCCAGAAACAAACACGACAAGCGUACUGUGGAUCGCCUUAAGAGUAAUCUUGCUGACGUUGAACGCGCAAUCGAGAAGACGCAAGCAAAGCAACAACGGGUCCGCUCGGAGCUUGCAACUGUUGAAACGGUUACUUUCACCAAGAUGUCUGAUGUGAUAACAAAUUUCAUUGCGGGUGGAGUUGGUGGAUCAUGUACUGUGAUCGUUGGACAUCCUUUCGACACUGUGAAGGUAAGACUUCAGACAAUGCCAAGGCCGAAACCAGGAGAAGCACCUAUGUACACUGGAGCCCUGGAUUGUGUGAAACGAACUGUUGCAAAGGAAGGUUUCUUCGCUCUUUACAAGGGAAUGGCAGCUCCGUUGGCGGGAGUGAGUCCGCUAUUUGCCGUAUUCUUUGCUGGUUGUGCUGUUGGUAAACACCUUCAGACUUCAGAUCCUGAUCAGGAGAUGACAUUUGUCCAGAAUAUGAAUAGUGGUGCCCUGGCUGGUGUGUUCACCACUAUCGUGAUGGUUCCUGGUGAACGUAUAAAAUGUCUUCUACAGGUGCAAUCGAGUGGACAUGCUCCCUCAGGAGUGCACUACAAUGGUCCCUUGGAUGUCGUAAAGAAAUUAUACAAGCAAGGUGGAAUCACUAGUAUUUACAGAGGAACUGGUGCUACGCUUCUUAGAGACAUACCAGCUAGUGCUGCUUAUCUGUCAGUCUACGAAUUUCUGAAAAAGAAGUUCUCCGGAGAAGGAAAAGAGCGAACUUUGUCUCCCGGCGCUACGUUACUUGCUGGUGGUCUUGCAGGAAUAGCUAACUGGUCCGUUUGUAUCCCCGCUGAUGUCCUCAAAUCGCGACUGCAAACAGCGCCAGAAGGCAAGUAUCCAGAUGGUAUACGAGGAGUUUUCAAGGAGGUUAUGAGAGAAGAAGGGCCUCGAGCGUUGUUCAAGGGUUUCACGCCGGUGAUGUUGCGAGCUUUCCCAGCUAAUGCAGCCUGCUUCUUCGGCCUGGAACUAACCCUUGCGUUGUUCCGAUUGGUUGGAAUAGGGUCUCACAAAAAAGCUGAAGGUGUUGAUUCACCUUGA